GUCUAUUAGAGAAACAUGAGCUUUUACUCACUAUGUGGUUCUGUAACUCUCCUUGGGUUUUUCCUCUGUAUAUCAGAGGUAGAGAGCAUGAGGACACUGAACAAUGUAGCUGUAAAAAGUGGAGGAUCUGUCACUAUUCCAUGUCUUUAUGAAGAGAAGUACAAAGCAAACAGUAAAUUCUGGUGCAAAGGGUACUAUUGGUCUACCUGCAGUAUCGUAGCCUAUGCAAACUCAAGUGGAAAUCCAUCAGUCAUUGAUCAUCCAGAGCAGAAUUUGUUCACGGUGGAACUGAACUCUGUCUCUGAGUCUGGAACGGGUUGGUGUGCUGUAGAAAUUGGGUAUAAAUUUGAUGACAGUGAUUAUUUGUACCUGACAGUUAGUCAAGAUCCUGAUCUGUCAGUGAGGGAGAGCAGAGUGAGAGGUGAGGAAGGAGGCAGCGUCACAGUCCAGUGUCUCUACAGUGCUGCAUAUCAGAAUACACAGAAGCAGUGGUGCAGAUUCAAAGAUGAACAAUGCAACACAGUGAGGACUGAAACAUCCCAGAAUUCAGCAGUGUACAUCAGUGAUGUUGGGAGAAGAUCCUUCAGUGUGUGGAUGAGCAGACUGAAGAAGAGUGAUGCUGGAUGGUACUGGUGCAGUGCAGGAGAUCUGCAGGUUCCUGUUCACAUCAGUGUCAGUGAUCCACCUCCAGUCACUACAUCAAAGACAACAGUGCCUACAACAGUGCCUACAACAGUGACUACAACAGUGCCUACAACAGUGACUACAACAGUGACUACAACAGUGCCUGCAACUGCUCAUCAAGACAACCCAUACAUAGACCCAGAGAUGUUCUGUAUCGCAGACAACUGAUGGACGUGAUCUUGGUGACAUAGAGAAUAUAAGCAGCUGGAAUGUUGGAUCAAUCGAUUGAUCGAUCUAUCCAACUAUCUAUCCAUAAAUUAAAAAAUUUUUUUUUAUCUUUGUUAGUGGACCCUUUUUGUAAAAAAGCAUAAUUGCAUUAAUUCAUCCAUAAACAUUGUGUGAAGGAAUAUUACAUUUGGUUGUUGAUUACAAUAAAGUUUAGUACAAAAAAGUUUCCCUUUCUCUGACUUGUUAAAUGUAUCUAUGAUAAAUGUCAGGCCACUCAGGUGUUUGUUCAGUCCCUUGAUGUAUGUCGACACUGGACUACUGCACCUCGCUCCUGGCAGGUCUGCCUGUGAGCACCAUUCCUCCUCUACAACUGAUCCUGAAUGCAGCUGCAGGACUUGUUUAAAACCUUCCUAUGUUCUCCCACACCACCCCAUUGCUAUGAUUUCUCCCUACUGGCAUUCAGUAGCCACACACUUCAGAUUUAGAACACUGAGGCUUGUCUACAAAGCCAAAAUCAGACCCGCAGCCUCUAAUCUUAAAGUACUUAACACACCUCUCUUUGCACUACACUUUCUUAUCUUCUAGCACUGCACCACUGAUCACACCAAGAUUCAUAUCAAGUUUCUUCUCUGUUCACAAUUUAUAAUUCUUCCCCAAUUCUAUAUAUUGAAGUACAAAUUAUUAAAAAGAAGACUAAGUUUCAUGAUUGGAACAAUGAGGCCUUUGUGGGCACAAUGAGACAAAUCAUUAAGGUCCUUCCAGGUUCCUCAUAUAUGACUAGAAAUACUGACAGACACAGACAUACAGUAUCGAGUCCUAUGAGUUCAACAGUGGUUCAUUUUAAAGAGAAAUUUCACAGAGCCUUUCACAGGGCUGGACGUCUCACAGUCUCACUUAUAUGUUUUAUAACCAUAUAAUUGGAAUUCAGAUAAACUAUUUAUGAACAAUGUAAGUGUAAUGAGUCUGUCUGUGUUUGCCCUGUUUCUGUCUGCUGUCUUGCCCCUGCUGUUAAUUGUUUGCUCCGCCCACUCAUUUGUUACCAUGGACACUAAUUCAACUCAGGCUUUCCUCCAGGUGUGUUGUCUUUGUCACUGAUUGUCUCUGUUUUGUGAUUGGUUCCUGUUUGCUACAUCUACUCUGUCCACUUCGCUGGUGUUAGUCGUUGUGGUAUGUUGUAUGUUGAUGUCUCUGUCCCUGGUCUGCUUUGUGUUGCCUGCCUGUUUUUUGAUUUUGGAGUAAAUAAGUUCAAACAGCAUUUGGAUUCUCAUUUGCCUUUCUCUAACCAUGACACCUUCUUCUCUUCACACUGAUUUUAGAGCACACAGUGUGAUGAGCAGGAACGAGGAACUGCUUGAGCCGCUACAGACACAGUACCAACUUCACAGAAGCAGGACAUCCUGAUCUGUCAGUGAUUGAGAGCAGAGUGAGAGGUGUGGAAGGAAGCAGCAUCACAGUCAAGUGUCUCUACAGUGCUGAGUAUCAGAAUAAACAGAAGUGGUGCAGAUUCAAACAUGGACACUGCAACACAGUGUG